AAUCUAUCUUUCGUGCGCCUAAAGAUAUCAAACUAUCUCUGUGUCGCACAUAAUGCAUCAGCGUACGAUUUCCUUAACCCAGGGCAAGACCGCAAGCGGACAACGUCUGGAUGGGGUUGAACCUCACGUAUCAGACAAGGCUACUGCGAGAUCACACGGUGAACCCAUCCACUCACACUCCAGCAUGAAUCCAGUUUUCCAGUCAGAUCUCGAUCCAUUCCUGGCUCCCGCCCUAUCUCCGGUUUCAGACGCAGCUUCAGAAAUGUCGAGACUAUUUGCAUCUUCCAAAAGAACUGAUUGCGCAGUCAAACACCCGCCUCUCCCUUUACUGGGAAGGGCUUUGGGGUCGAGACAGACGUGGAGGAUACCAGCCACCAUAUUAGGAUUCUAUUUCAUAUCGUUCUUCUGUGCAGCUACACAUUAUUGCUUCUUCACCUAUCUCGACGGUCGCAUUAUCUCUCCAGGUUUUACGCUCUCCAUGAAAACUACUACGGUUUCACAAGCCUAUGCUACUACAGUGUCACUGGUACUAGUCACCGCAUUUCGUGCUGCACUAGUAGCAAGCAUAGGGACAUGCUACACGCAAUUUCUUUGGGCAACAUUGAGAAAGCGCGUGCUUAAGGUCAGUCUGAUCGAGGAUCUUUUCCAAGUGCAAACAAAUCCGUUCCACUUCUUCAACUACCAGUUGUACUUCAAGACGCCGGUACUUGUAGCUGUAGCUAUUUUUUGCUGGCUUGUUCCGAUUGCAACAGUAUACCCUCCCGGUACUCUAGUCGUCGAAAUACAGCCUUCUUCCAUUGACAUAAGCUUCAAUGUGUCUGUAUUCCACCACAGAAAUCUUCUGGACAUAUCUGAAGACAAUGUUAUAGGUCAGGUAAAGUGUGAGGUUAAUUGUGUAAACGAUACCUGUACCGACCAUCUUUCAACAUCACCGCAAAUGACAAAGAACACAACGUUCCUAAAGACCUGUUCUUCGCAAAGUGUGACAAAUGGCAUGGAAUAUAUCACAAGCUCAAACCUGAUUGUGGGCGAAAUAUCACGGCUGAAGCAAGCAAGUCAAGAGAACACAUCGUAUGAACUCAGUUUCUUCGGAACCACCUUGGACUGUGAAACCACGAAUCGCUCUAUGGAAUAUACAAUCUCGGAGUUAAGUUUGACGAACAUGCCUAGCGACCAUAAAGAGGCGAUCUGGCAAAUUUCCAAUCCCGCACCCAACUGUACGUUAACAAACACGGGAUCACAGUGGGAUGUUUCCUUAGAGGAUGCAAAUAUCACCUAUCGCGUCGUCCAUGACCUAGAUGCGCCACAGUAUUGGCCAUGCUUAGACAAAAACCAAUGGAUGCCCAAUACUGAUAACAUAUCCUGGCUUCCCUUAAAGGCAAACUUUUCGGGCUGGCUGGAUUCGGGCCGAAUACAUUCGACUGUCCCUGUGACCGAAACAGUAUGCAGUCCAAAGAUAGUCGAAUACCAUAUCACUAUGUCAAAUGCUGCAGGGGCACAGCACGCAUCUUAUAUCAUCAAAAAGGAUGUAUCUAUACCGACAUACACUCGAGAUUUUGACGACUUCAGCGGAACCUUUGAGCAAUGGGCACAACUUUCUGACGCUGUAGCGAUAUAUCGGAACUUUGCACAGAACUUUAACCAGUCUGGGUCCGCUUUCAAAAGAUGGACUUUCGAAUAUCCCAGCAUGUCGAAUGAGACAAAGCCUUACACGACUGAAGAUGGAGAGGUUGUGGAAACAUGCGUGCUCGAUGUGAAACCCCAUGGCAAAUCUUAUCUUGUCACACAAAAUGACGAGGUCGGGGCCACCAUAUGGCGUCUCGGAGUUUUCGAACAGCGACUUGAUGGAGGCAAUAAAUAUGAUGGAUGCCCAGCGUUUGAUCCUGAUAUGGCCAAUGAGCUUCUCAUCAAUACCACGAUCUCUGCAUUGGCUCUUAAUCAGCGAUUCGACAUGGUCAACGGAACAGAGACCCUCAAUUUCAAUGCCUACCACUUCGAGAACAAGCUCGCCUUAAUCCUGCCAUACGGUUUAUCGCUUGCACUCGCCGUACCAAUUCUAGUGUUAGGAUUUAUAGCUCUCUAUGUUCAGAACCACGGCGUUUCAGCUAUCAGUGGAGGUUUUCUGCAACUUCUCAUGACGACUACUGGACGUACUUCGCUUGAAGCGGUGGUUACGAAAGGCUCUGGCACGCUGGGUGGAUAUGAAAAUGUGUCAAAAGAACUCCGCGAAAUGGAAGUCAGGUUUGGAGAGCUGAUCCAAGUCAGCGGAGAAGACCAGAAGGAGACAGACACGCUCCUAAACGAACAUGAAGAGCAUGCAGAUGUGCAGGAAGACGGCAGUUCACAGUCAGGUCUUGAAACUACGUGUGGAAUGGAGCGGUGCGAGGACAGUGUCUCAGUAGUGCAAAGAGCUGGUUUCGGUACAGUCGAUGAAGUCGGACUAUUCAGGAAGAAAGGAGAGUAGUAGUUAGCAUGCUUUCCUUUUUAAAUGUUAUAAAGAAGAAGGAGAGGAAGUAAGGGAAGACUAAUCUAGAAUAAAUAGAAGCUCAU